AAAAAAUUUCCCAUGAAUCCUUUGGGCGCGCUCUGGCUACCUCGGAAUGUGAAUCCGUUCUCGUAAACCGUAUUUCAUAAAUCAAUAAGAUCCCAGCUUCACAAUGUCGGAGCUGUUUAUGGAAUGCGAGGAGGAGGAACUGGAACCAUGGCAGAAGGCGAUCCCAGAAAUCAACUUGGUAGAUGACGAUGAUGAUGAUGAUGACGACGAGCCUAUCUUCGUUGGCGAGAUCCAGAGUUCCAAGCCUGCCAACUCCAGACCAAAUGUUGGCGUCCAGAGAGGGCAACAGAACGUUCCAGCGGGGCGGCGUAACAUGGGCUCCGCCCAGUUGCCCUCCCAGAAGCCUCCGCAGGUGACGGUAGUCAAACGGGCUUCAUAUGCAGCGUCACCCCAAAACACCAACAGGGGUGCCCCACCUCCGUCCAACAACCCCACCCUCAUCCCCGCCAGCUCCAGCCAGGUGACGGGACUGAACGCCGGUCGCGUUGGCAACACGGUCGCUCCUCAGCCAAUUAUAAUCAACAAUCGGGGUGUCAUUGGUCCGUUCAUCACCAGUAUUGGAUCCCAGUAUCCACAUGGACCCUCUUUCACCUUCUUACCAGCUGGGCAGCCUCUCCUCCAGCAGGUGUCCCCCCAGUCCAACGCGCUGGUGGGCGGCGUGGUCCACCGGCCGCAGGUCCAGCUCAUCCAGAACAACGUGGUGACGCUGGCCAACGUGCAGGCUCCCCCCGACCUGCACUCCCAGCAGCAGGCCCCAGGAGGCCGCCUCCAGCCCCCCCUCCCUGUGGGACCCCCCCACAGGGCCCCGGCCGGCCCCACGCCCCACACCCUGCCCAGGCAGGACAGCGCCGCGUCUGCACUACUCUCCCUUCAAGGCCUCAACAACCGCGAUAACGGAACAGUGAAGCGAAGCUUUCCAUCUGAUAUGGACAAGACGAAAAGACUCCGAGUGGACGCAGCUGGUAAUCGGAUGUCAGAGUUCGCAGAGAAUGAGAGUCCUUCGAGGAGGCGGUGUCCGAGAUGCAUGGGAUCCUAUCCUGGGGAGGACUCGCUGAAGGGACAUAUGAGGUACUGCUGUCCCGAUCUGAUGGAGGGUGUGUUUGCCACGAGCUCUCGUCAGGACAAGUCGACGGCUCCGCUGCGGGCUUAUGAAAUGGACAAGGGCAAGCUGAUCAUGCUGGUCACAGACUUCUACUACGGCCGCUGCGAGGGGGACCAACACCUCGAGCAGAAGACCCACACCACCUUUAAGUGCAACAGCUGUCUGAAGGUGCUCAAGAACAACAUCAGGUUUAUGAACCACAUGAAGCAUCAUCUGGAGCUGGAGAAGCAGAACAGUGAGAGCUGGGAGAGUCACACCACGUGCCAGCACUGCUACCGCCAGUACAGCACGCCCUUCCAGCUGCAGUGCCACAUAGAGAGUGCCCACAGCCCCUACGAGUCCAGCACUAACUGUAAGAUCUGUGAGCUGGCCUUUGAGACGGAGCAAGUGCUGUUGGAACACAUGAAAGACAAUCACAAGCCGGGAGAGAUGCCCUACGCCUGUCAGGUUUGUAACUACCGCUCAUCGUUUUUCUCUGACGUGGAGAGCCACUUCCGAAGCAUCCACGAGAACACCAAGGACCUGCUGUGUCCCUUCUGCCUGAAGGUGCUGCGCAGCGGACACAUGUAUAUGCAACACUACAUGAGGCACCAGAAAAAAGGCAUCCAUCGCUGUGGGAAGUGUCGACUGAACUUCCUGACGUACAAAGAGAAAGUUGAGCACAAGACUCACUUCCAUCGCACGUACAGGAAGCCCAGGAGCCUGGAAGGACUUCCUCCCGGAACCAAGGUGACUAUCCGGGCCUCUCUGUCUGGAGGGUCCCCCACCUCCCCCAACACGUUAGGCAGGUCCAGCAUCAGUGUGGUUCCAGGCAGCCCGGCUAGCAAACCCGUGGGCCGCCCGCCCAACAGCGCCGGCCGGGGCAAACCCAGCACCCAGAACCCUACGGGGCCCGUCAAGAACAAGAAGGAACGGAACAAACCAGGCCCAGUGGACCUCAGGAACUUCCAUCUGAGGCAUUUCAGGGCCCCGGAGGGCAAGAGCGUGUGCAUGGAGUGUUCGUCCGCCGUGAAGGACUUCUACGACCACUUCCCCCUGCUCCUCACCUGUGCGGCGUGCAAGUACAAGACCUGCUGCCGGAGAUCCUACCGGAACCACAUGACCAGAUUUCAUAGUGCUGGGUCCAAAGAGAGAAGGAGGAACAAAAGGAUGCAGGGCGCUUCACGGAGCCUGACUCUGGUUUGCCUGAACUGUGACUUCCUAGCUGAUGCUACAGGAAGUGACCUUAUGAGCAAACAUUUGAUUGACAGGCCGACCCAUGCCUGUCAGGUAAUCAUGGAGCAGCCACAAGAAAACCACGAUUCUGUUUCUGACAAAACCAGCCUGGAAAGCAGAUCUGACCUCCCUGAUGUCAAGCCUGCCAAAUUAGAGGAUGACCUCGUCGAGUUGCUGGGCAACACAACCAAACAGGAAGAGGAUGCACGCAAGGAGGAGGACACACCCUCUGGCCCAGCCCCGCCUUCCCCUGUCUCUGUAGACUCCGCCUCUGAGGGGCGGGUUCAGGAGACACCUGUAGAGAAUGAGACUCCCCCAGAGCAGGAAAAGGACACAUCCUCUGAACGCAUCUCAGAGACGCCCACCGACAUGCCCUCUGAGCACGCCUCGCCAACCGACAUGCCCUCUGAGCACGCCUUGCCCACCGACAUGCCCUCUGAGCACGCCUCGCCAACCGACAUGCCCUCUGAGAAUGUGACGCCCUCUGAUCGCGAUACGCCCUCUGAGAUGCCCUCUGAGAUGCCCUCUGAGAUGCCCUCUGAGAUGCCCUCUGAGAUGCCCUCUGAGAUGCCCUCUGAGAUGCCCUCUGAUACGCCCUCUGAUACGCCCUCUGAUACGCCCUCUGAUACGCCCUCUGAGAUGCCCUCUGAGAAUGUGACGCCCUCUGAGAUGCCCUCUGAGAUGCCCGCUGAGAAUGUGACGCCCUCUGAGACGCCCUCUGAGACGCCCUCUGAGACGCCCUCUGAGACGCCCUCUGAGAUGCCCUCUGAGAUGCCCUCUGAGCACGAGACGGCCAUGGAACCAGAUGGCCCUGUGGAACCGGAAAAGGUUGCAGAACCAGAGACCGCUGGAGAACCUGAGACAGCUAAUGAACCGGAGGUAGAAACUGGAGUGGAACCAAGCACAGAGCAACCAAGCACAGAACCUCCGAGUGCAGAGCAACCAAGCACAGAACCUCCGAGUGCAGAACAUCCUGAGGACGCAGAACAUCUUGAGAACGCAGCAGGCGAGCUCGGGGAGGCGGGUGGAAUUCCACUGGAACCUCUCACACCUUCCAAGGUUCUAGAGAUGCCGCCACCCUCAGCCAAUCAAAGCACUGAUACGGACAGUGUAGACACGCCCAGCAGCCCAAACAGACCCUCAGAACCCGUCACCGUGUAGGAACAGACCCUCAGAACCCGUCACCGUGUAGGAACAGACAAAGAAACACUGACGUCUCCGCUGGUCUUUUCUCUCAAAGACUGCCACUGAAGUGGCUGAAUUUCUGGUUGUUUCUAAGAUCAGACUAUCCUUCCCCUCCUCCAAACAACCCAACAUGUGUAAAUAAGUGCAGUCCAUUAUGAAUGAGCAGGUCCAAAGAUCCCUGGGUCUUCCUGUAGCCCCCCUUGCUAUUUGCCCAUUGAUGUGAUGAUGGACAACAAUGGCUCCCUUUGUUACAUUCUUUUUUAAAUAAAAUCAUGUAGUGUCAUACGCAUUGGCACAUUGUUUCAGAUUCGGUUUGGCUUGUCUGUCUGUGAAUUUGACUCCAUUCCCAGCGUUGGCUUGUAUGUGUAAGCCUGUGCAUCAUAGACACUUGUGUUAAAGGUACAGUCUUUGAUUUUAGCAAUAGGCUGAACAGCCAAUCACAUGACGUCCAUCCCUCCUGUGCUCCUAAAGCAACGUGCGGAUUGGCUUGUGUUUUUUUUACGGCUCGAUCCCAGCCACCCUUUUUGUUAACGUUUGUGUCCCAGAGCCAAUCACAUGACGUCCAUCCCUCCUGUGCUCCUAAAGCAACGUGCGGAUUGGCUUGUGUUGUUUACCCUUCUUGUUAACGUUUGUGUCCCAGAGCCGUUGUCGUGGCCAAACAACAGGCUUUUUUUUUUCUUUCAUUUUUUUGCAAAAAAACCCUUCAAAGAAUGGACAGCUGACAAAAAAGUGUGUGGGAUUAGAAUCAGGCACUACACCUUUAAAAGGCAUGUGAAGCAUCAGGUAUGUACUGUAAAAAUUGCCCCAGGAUAUCUGAUCUUUGAGCUUCAUCUUCACUAAACUCCUUUAAUCCUCAAUCUGCAAGGGUAUUGGACUUAUUUCCAAUGGGGAAACCCUCUGAUCUGCAGCCUCAAAGAAGAACUGUUGACGUCUGUUUGGUUGGUUCUGAAUGGUGACUCUCCUUCUCUUCUAACCAGAUGUUUUUUUGUGUCUCAUUGUGUUCGUCUGCAGGGGAAGGGACUUGUUUUUUAAGGGAUCAACUGAACUUCUUUUCUUUUCUUUUUUAAUUAAUUAUUUUUUCCUUGUGGUUGGUUGUUGUCUUACAAGAUGCAUAUUGAGCUAUGAUGAAUCCUGAAGAAAAAAAAAAAAAAAAAGACUAAUUAAUAGCUACACAAGCAAAACUUUACCUUUUACCAUUUAAAAGAACCUUAAUGACCACAGUUCCUGGUGCUGAAGAUGUGGAACUCAUCAAAGAAUCCACUAAGAACUUGUUCCUGUUUGCCUUUUUGUUUCCUUCUACACAGGACUGCAGUGUUUGGUUAUGCCUUUCAUACAGUAUACAGCCCGAAAUAGUCUUAUCAUGCAAGAAGAACUCAUCCAGUGUUUUUCCAGCGAAACGGAAAAUAAACUUUCAUAAGAUCCAGA